CAUCAGAGAAGCCUUGUUAGGUGCCGUUCGUACGAGGUGGCACAUGAUGCUGCGGACCUUUGGGGCAUCAUUGGGCAGUCGCCAAGUCAAUGGAUCACCAUGAUCUUCCCCUCGGUCAAUUGGGAGCACCCUCAAACACCAACAGCUCACCGACCUUUUUCGUUCUCUUUCGCCCCUGUCACAUCUCGUCUUCGACGUCUGGGACAUGCGAGGGCUUGAGUCAGCCAGCGAGAGCACCCAAUCCUUUCGACGCACCAAGCUCAUAUUGCGAAACCCCACGCUUCUAUCUACAUAGAGCGCACGUUCAACCCAUUAGCACGGAGAGCGUUGGGAGUGAUGCACCACCAUUGGCGCCACUGGUGUGCGAGGCACGGCCGAUCACUCGCCUCCUUCAGCUUUUCUCUGAUAACUGUAAGGACGGCUAUUUUCUCUGCCCUUGUAGGCUAUUCGCUCUACCCGACUAGGGUAAAUGCACGCUAGACAGGGGAUAAGCCAGAAACACAGCUCUACUACCUAAAUUAGCUAGGGCAACUAUAUACCUUUGCUCGUCUUUUAUACCUUUAAGUUUCUAGUAAAGUAGGCGAGUUACUAAAUAGGUAGUAGUAGCCCUUAGCGGCCUAAGGUAGCUAGUACUAAUC